AGAGCUCCUGUGUUUUUUCCUAUUUCUUCUUCAAUGUUUCAAAGUUUUAACCGGUCCAACCGCCGUAUUCUCAGUUUUCCGGCGGUUCACCCCUGCGAAAGCAUUUCUCCAGUGACCCUUUUAGGCUCUCUCGUCGCUCUCUCCACCAGCAUACUGAAUUACCAAUCAAAAUUCUUCCCAACCCAGAAGCGAAAUGCGCGGGAAACACUUCGCCAAGUCGGAAUUCUGUCAAUCUUUUUCGAAGAAAUCCAGGACCGCCGGUCGGUUCUGCCGGACUCCGUUGUCCUCUGCUUUUCCGAGCUCCAUCUCGCUUUCCAGAAAAUCCAGUUCCUGUUGGAAGACUGCAGUCGAGAGGGAGCUCGGCUUUGGAUUCUGAUGAAGUCUCAAUUCGUUGCGACUCAGUUCCGGGUCUUGAUUCGGGCGUUUGCGACGGCUCUUGAGGUUUUGCCAUUGAAUUGCAUUGAUGUGACGAGUGAAGUGAAGGAGUUGGUUGAACUGGUGGCCAAGCAAGCCAGGAAGGCGAGAUUUGACCUCGACGCUAACGACGAAUGCGCUGCCAAGGAUGUUAUAUGGAUUUUGAAUCAAUUCGAGAAGAUAAUUGAGCCGGAUAUGAGUGUUGUGAAGAGGGUUCUUGAUCACCUUGAGAUUCGAAGCUGGAGUGAAUGUAACAAGGAGAUAAGAUUUAUGGAGGAACUGAGCUUGGAAUGUGAUGAAAGAGAGGUUACAUUAUUGAAAAGUUUAAUGGGGUUGAUGAGCUACUGCAGAGGAGUGAUGUUCGAAGAAAUAGAGUCUAGCGGCACUGAUCAAACGGAGGGGAGGUGCAGCGUGGAGAUGCUUAGUUGCUUGAAUCCUGAAGAUUUUCGAUGCCCCAUUUCUCUCGAGCUAAUGACUGAUCCAGUGACGGUAUCUACGGGCCAGACUUAUGAUCGGUCCUCGAUUCAGAAAUGGCUCAGAGCUGGGAACAUCAUCUGUCCCAAAACAGGUGAGAAGCUGAUCAACAAAGAAUUGGUGCCUAAUUCUGCUCUCCGAAAGCUUAUCCAACAAUUCUGUGAAGAUCAUGGCGUUUCACUAGCAAAAACAGAAACCCAGAAUAGUAACACAGAAAGGACCAUUUCCGUAAACAGUCCAGCAGCCGCAGAAGCUACAAGAUUUCUUUCAAAAUUUCUUGCCAGAAGACUAGUAUCUGGAACAGGCGAACAGAAAAACAAGGCUGCUUACGAGAUUCGUUUGCUUGCAAAAUCAAGUGUCUUCAAUAGGUGUUGCUUGAUCGAGGCCGGCACUGUCCCACCUCUCUUGAAUCUCCUCUCUUCCACAGACCCACCCACGCAGGAGAACGCCAUUGCAGCUUUACUGAAGCUCUCCAAGCAUGUCAAAGGCAAGAAAGUGAUCAUGGACAGUGGAGGACUGAAGUUGAUACUUAAAGUUCUCAAGGCGGGACCCAGGUUAGAGUCCCGGCAGAUAGCAGCUGCGACUCUGUUUUAUCUAGCUUCAGUGGACAAGUACCGAGCAUUGAUCGGAGAAACACCGGAGGCAAUCCCAUCUCUAGUUGAACUGAUAAAAACUGGAACAACUAUUGGGAAAAUGCAUGCAGUUGUCGCAAUAUUUGGACUGCUCCUAUGCCGGGAGAAUUGCCCCAGAGUGCUCGCAGCUGGAACCGUUCCAUUGCUGGUGCAUCUUUUAGCUUCUUCAGUGAAGGAAGAUCUGGCAACAGACUCAUUAGCAGCUCUGGCAAAACUUUCAGAGCAUAUAGACGGAUCACUGGCGAUCCUAAAGGCCUCGGGCUUACCUCUAAUUACAAGAAUUCUGCAAUCUUCUCCAUCCCGAACAGGAAAAGAGUACUGUGUUUCAAUUUUGCUGUCUCUUUGCACCAAUGGCAGCAUAGAAGUGACUGUUGAUUUAGCAAAAGACCCAACACUAAUGACUUCCCUAUACUCCCUUGUGACUGAAGGCACCUCACAUGGCAGCAAGAAGGCCUGCUCGCUCCUCAAAAUCAUACAUAAAUUUCGGGAAACAGACUCUUCUGGUUUGAGGAGUUCACGAGUUCCACAAGAAAGGUUCCUUCGCGUCCGGUAGCCACACUGCCACACAUUAUUUUCUAACAUCUCCCCAUGUAAAUAGAUACAUACCGGUGUGCUCAAACUCGUCUUUCCAAUUUAUUUUUGCAGAUUGAAGUAAACUGUAUUAGCUCAGUUUUUUGAAGAGCUAUAGGUGCUUAUCCCCUGUUUUUGUGGCAAUGAAACAAAGCUUGAUGAUUUUUUUCCUUCAAA